UUAUGCAAAUGAAAAUUGUGACUUCUGGAAACUGAAAUUAUUUUUAACAAGAUAUAUUGCUAGUAUUGAAAUUGAAUCUAAAUUCGGAGAUUCUGCCAUUUUUCUUAUUCAAUAUAAAAACCUUUAUGAACUCAUUAGCUUAAUAGAAGACUUGCCUAAGCACAAAGGAAUCCUUAAUAUAUACAGCUUUCACCUUUUGGAAUGUAGCCUUGGCAUAUUACUAAUAAACUUGCUCUCUUUGGAACAUCCAAAUAUGCAAAGACUAGGACCAAAGCUUAGUUUUCUCAACACCGAAACGAAGUCGAUCGAAAAUCAUAGCGCAAGAUUUUUGCACUUAGUUUAUGUGUUCCGCCAGAGAUUCAUCAUAGAUUUAAGAAAUUAUUUUUUAUUUAUCUUCAAAAGCUUUGUAUCCACAUUGAUAUUUAUUUGGAUUCUAUAUAUUCUGUGUCAAUAUGACUAUAAACUGUUUGAACAAAAUGCAUCUUUUCCCAUUCCUCAUCCCAGCAAUGGAAUAAUGUUUUUGCAACAAAAUGCUUUAAGUCGUCAACUGCUUGCAGCUGGUCGACAAUAUAUUAUGCAAGGAGCUAAGGAGAUUGGAGCAGAUUUGGAUAUUUAUGAAUAUAUUCGCCAUUAUAUGGUUGAUCACAGAAUGCUUUCAGAUAUAAAUAUUUUAACAGGUGCCAUAUUUACAGAAGAGAAAGUUGAAAUUUUAUUCAAUGACAAACGACAAUAUACUGUACCAAAUGGUCUUGCCCAUUUAAUGAAUUCUCUUGCUUUUGGAUUUGUGGGUCCUGAUACAAAAAUUAUUGUUAAAAUGGAGCUGUUGCAGUUUUCUACUGUUCAAGGUCCAAUUGCUCAAAACAAUGUCAAUAGUAUUAAUUUGGUUUUAGCUACUUCAAUAAGCUUCUGUUUUUGCUUUAUCUGGACAUUUCCCCUUCUGUUUAUCAACUUAAAUAAGAGUAGUCGUCCUUACUAUACAGAAUUAUGUGCAGGGAUGCGAAUAAGCGUUCUUAUAUUGGCCUUUUUCAUAUAUGAUUCACUUUCUUCUAUGCUUGCUCUAAUCCCAUUGAAUAUUUCCAUUCUUUUUUUUCAAUGGGAUGCACUAAUGGAUACUGAAAUAUUUUUGCUUAAUGCCUAUGUCAUUUUUGGGAUUGGUAUAUGUGUCCUUAGUAUAAAUAUAUUAAUAUCGCUUCGUUUUACGGAUCUACAAAACUGCUAUAUGAAAACUGUCACAUUUUAUUCAUUCGGAAUAAUAAUUUACCUUGUGGUGAACGAAUGGCAGCAGGUUAUCAGUCUCAACAAGCUAACAAACAUUUUAUUAGAUUUUCAUCCGCUUUAUUGUUUGUUGCAUAAUCUAAUGAUAAUUUCUAGUAUAACCGAACUGAAGAAGUUAUGCAGUGAUGAACAAAUUUUUCAAACUAGUACAUAUUCAGAAGAGUGCCAAAAAUUUCCAAACUGUUGCGGUAUGAUACUUAUAUAUUAUAUAUGUUUUUAUUUUUAUACCAAUGUAGAAUUUACUAUAAUUUGA